CUUUUCCUGGAUGACACCAAAGUGAAGAACUUCAUCACCUGCUUCAAAGACGUUGCAUGCCGGAGCGUCUUCUUCAAGCAGCUGGAGCACAACCGGAGCGGGCGCUACGAGGCGGAAUUCCCGUUCCUAUCCCGGUGCGGGCGGGAGCGGAACUUCCUGCGCUGCGAGGAUCGUCCCAUCGUCUUCACCCACCUCCUGCCCGGAGAUUCCCGGCUCCUCUCCUACUGCGGCGGUGGGGAGCGCCUGGUGGUGCCAUUCCAACCGGAAAAGCUGAUGGUAUUCCCGGAAAACGGGCGGCUCUAUCAUCCGGCACCGGCCAAAUCCGGCGGCGUGGGGCUGGUGCGCUCGGCGCUGGCUUUGGAAUGGAGCUCCAGCUUCCAGUAUGACCACGGGCAGGAGCAGCCGCCAACACACUUCCUAUGGGAAGGUCGGAGUUACCGGCUCACUGAGGAGUUGCUGCCGUUGCUCCGUGCUGGAAGUGCCAGGGAAUCCUCGGAUAUUCCCAUCUCCACGUGCCAGAGCUGA